AUGACCGAGGUUGAGCGUGCCAACGAAGAGCCCUUCGACCCUUACCGCAGGGACGCGAAUAAAAAGUACCUCUCUCAUUCCGCGUUGAUUGAAUACCCACAUGGCCUAUCAGCUGUCACUUUUCGUGUGUGUGUCACACACGACGCACAUGUGUUACACCAACGGCAACCUAGGCUUAUGGGUAUUCAAGUAACCGGAAAUUUUCCGGAGAGCACAAAAAUAAUUAAGAGGAAGGAAAUAAUCGAGCUUUUUUCCUCCAGGGACUUUGGCUCGUUCAUGAAUUUAGUGAAAAGCGCAGCCGGGGCCGGGUUGUUUGCGAUGCCAUACGCUUUUGCGAGUGUCGGGAUGAUCUUAGGGGUCGUCGGGACUCUAUUAAUGGGUGUGUUGAUAACCGUAGCUCUGCAUUUGUUGAUAAUAACUCACACCCGACUGUGUACUGAGCAGCGACGGCGGGCCAUUCCGUAUGACCAACUCGUCGCUGCGACAGUCGCCAGGGGAAGACUUUCUACAAAUACUGCUAGGUUGGUCAUCGACAUCAUCAUGCUGAUCUGCUACAUCGGAAUUGGCGCGGUCUACAUCAUUUUUGUUAGUGGAAUUAUUCAAGAUCUUGUGGAUCAAGGCAAGACUGUCGGACUUGCGUAUUAUUCUUUGAUUUUAUUUCCACUCUUUUUGCUGCUUAAUAUGAUCAGAGGAUUGAACGCUAUUGCUCCAGUUGCUAUUAUUGGAAAUGUCCUGAUUGUUGUUGCUGCUUUCAUUGGAGUUGCUUAUGCCGUUGUCAAGGCGGAAAGUGACUGGGUUUUUUUUCAGAAGGACUAUCAGAAGUAUCCCAAGUUUCUGGGGACUGUUUUUUUUGCACUUUCGUCGCCGGCUUUGGCUCUAGCAAUUCAACAAGACAUGCAAAGGCCAAGACACUUCACCCGCAAGUGUGGAGUCCUGAACUGGGGUAUGGGAUUCCUAAUUCUGCUACAUCUGUCGGUCGGAAUCGUCGGCUACGCAAAAUACGGAAGCUCAGUAACCGGAAACUUCGUCCAGAAUCACCCAAUUUUAGAUACGGUGACAGGAAUUGCCUUGGGGGUCCAAGCUUUGGCGAUAUUUUUCAGCUACGGAUUGCAAUGCUACCUUCCAAUUUCCAUUCUUUACAAGGACUACGCGGUUCGCUCGAUUCAGGAUAGGUUUUUGAGAGGCACACCUUUUCUCUGGAGCAUCUUGAUCAGGGUUUCAGUAACGCUACUUACCUGUAUCCUUGCGGCGUCAAUUCCUCAACUGCAUGUCUUUGCCAGUUUCGUAGGUGCGCUGUGUGUCGCCACCUUGGGUUUCAUUAUCCCAGUGAUGGUCUACAUGAUCAGCCACUACGGAGAAUUCGGGCGUUUUAAGUGGAAAUUGGUGCUGAGCAUAGUUUUCUUAAUCCUCGGAACUCUCGCGAUGAUCCUCGGAACGAUAUCUAGCGUUAAAUCUAUGAUUGAUUACCUAAAGGAAUAG